AUGUCUGAUGAUGCCGGCCACGGUGCGGCCGGAGCUCCGGCUGCUCCGGCUGCCGCUGGUGCCCCCGGUGCUGGCCGCGGUCACAGUGACGUUCCUCUUUCGGUCAACGUCCAGGCCGCUCAAAGCCAGAAAAUCGACAGCAACGUCUCGAGCAACAACCCUCUGGUCGAGGAGAUUGCGUCCCUGACGUCGCCGCGCCUUAUUGCGCCCAAUCCUUUCAGCCGCAAGAAUACUUCUCUGGACAUUGACGACUACUUCACCGGCCCCCGCGACAUCCAGAAGCACUCCAAAUGGCCCAUCUUCCUCCAGAUGCACGGCUCCAUCCUCCCAAAGUUGAUCGUGCCUCUGCUUGCUGUUGCGGCUUGGGCGUCGCUGAUCACAUGCAUCCACAUGUUGGUGAAGUCAAUCCAGAUUGGCAGCGUCUUACUCACCGUUCUCGGUUUCGUCGUCGGUUUGGGCCUCUCGUUCCGGAGCUCCACAGCAUAUGAGCGUUAUGCGGAAGGGCGUCGGUACUGGGCGCAGCUGAUCCUGGCGAGUCAGAACCUUGGUCGCCUCUUCUGGGUGCAUGCCACGGAGCCAAAGGACAUUCCCGAAGAGCGGCUCGCCGAGAGCAGGAAGAGAGAUGUGCUGGAGAAGCUGACCGCCAUGAAUCUCAUUGUGGCCUUUGCCGUCGCGCUCAAGCACAGGCUCCGGUUCGAGCCUUACACGUGCUACGACGAUAUCGCAAGUCUUGUGUCCCACCUCAACACCUUUGCGCUGUCGGCUACCGAUGAGGAUAAGGAGAACGCGCAGCGCACCUUCCGGCGACACGGAUUCUUCAAGAGCGUCGGCGAGUACCUGGGCAUCUCGUUCGCCGAGAGCAAUCCGCGCAAGGCCGUCAAGAAGGCUGGUAGGCCCUUGGGCAAUCUGCCGCUCGAGAUUCUCUCCUAUCUGGCUAGCUACAUCGACGAGCUCGCUCUGGGUGGCCGCCUGCCCAUCCCGAUGCAGCAGACUACGGCAUACAACAACAUCGCCGCUCUGAACGAUGUGCUCGUUGGCACCGACCGUGUGCUCAACACGCCACUCCCCAUUGCCUACUCGAUCGCCAUUGCGCAGAUCACUUGGGUCUAUAUCAUCCUCCUGCCCUUCCAGCUGCUCUCGACACUGGACUGGAAGACCAUCCCUGCCACCGUCGCGGCCGCCUACAUUAUUCUGGGCAUCCUGUUCAUUGGCCGCGAGAUCGAGAAUCCCUUCGGGCAGGACGUAAACGACCUCCCGCUUGAGCUCUACUGCGCCCAGAUCGCCGCUGAGAUGGACGUCAUUGCCAGCCGCCCCAAGCCCCAGAGCAAGGAGUGGAUGGAAUCUAUCGACAACCGUGUCCUGUGGCCCCUGUCCAACUCCGGAUGGCCCGUAUGGAUGAACCGGACCGAGGACAAGAUCCGCGAGGCCGUGAUCCACAAAGUCGAGCAGACCUUUCUAAGCCAAAGCAAAAAGGAGGCGGCCGCCGCUGCUGCCAGAUCGCGACGACCCUUCUCUGAGAAAGGGCAUGCCAAGCGAGCUUCGGCUGGAGAGGUUUGA